AGAAAGAGAGAAAAAAAGAGAAAAUUGUGAUUGAAGAAAAAAAAUGAUGGAGGAAAGUGGGAUUGAGACGACUCCCCCCAGUACCCCACCACCUAGCACUUCAGUGACUGCAAGCAGCCCCCUGCCCCCCACAGUUCUUCCCAGUGCUUCAUCUAAUCCCAUCACCAGCUCUAUCUCUCCAUUACCUCCCUCAACCUUUUCCACGCCACCUCCUCCUCGAACCCACAUGCCACCUGCCAGGUCUUCCACACCCCUAAUCGUGGGAUCUACUGCUGUCGCUUCUCCCAUUCCUCCAGCUGUUGCUCAUUCUGGGACUGCAACUUACGGUAGUCCCAUUAGCUUUCCUCCUUCAGCACCUCCUAUGAGCUCUCCUGCUGGUCCUGUCUUUUCUGCACCUUCCAUAGGUCCACCCAUCACUGGUUUCUCCAUGGCUGCAAAUUACGACAUCACCCGAGGUCAUGCUGGUCGAACCCCUCAAACCCCACUGAUGCCAACCUUUUCUUCAUCCGCUGCAGGUGGGGUUGGACCAAACUCGAUGACUCAGGCCUCUGCUCCUGUUGGAGGUGGCUCUUCCAUUACAUUCCCAGAGGAGACUGAAGAUCCCAGGAUGUCUGUGCACUAUGAUCAAAGUGCCUCUGGGGGAGGGCUGUGGAGCUUCUUUAAGGGUGUGGCGGGAAACCCUGUUGUGAAAUCAGUUUUGGAUAAAACGAAACAUUCUGUGGAGUCCAUGAUCACCACCCUGGAUCCAGGCAUGGCUCCCUACAUCAAAUCAGGCGGCGACCUGGAUGUUUUGGUAACUUCCAAUAAAGAAGUCAAAGUGGCAGCUAUUCGGGAUGCUUUCCAGGAAAUGUUUGGAUUGGCCACUGUUACCGGGGAAGCUGGCCAAUCAAAUAUUGCCCCACAACCUGUUGGCUAUGCAGCAGGAUUAAAGGGAGCCCAGGAAAGGAUUGUUAGUCUGCGACGAUCAGGAGUGAUUCAUGAAAAACAAGUGACGGUUUCCAUUGAGAACUUCAUUGCAGAAUUGCUCCCAGACAGGUGGUUUGACAUAGGUUGUUUGAUUCUUGAAGAUCCAGUUCAUGGCAUUCAUUUGGAAAAUUUCACGCAAGCAACACCAGUGCCUUUAGAAUAUGUGCAACAGGCACAAAACCUCACGCCAGCUGAUUACAAUUUGCGAUGGUCUGGGCUGAUGGUGACCAUAGGAGAAGUGUUGGAGCGGAGUUUACCGCAGGUCAAUCGGACUGAUUGGCAGAUCAUGUUUACAGGGAUGUCACGAAGGCAGAUGAUCUAUAGCGCGGCCAAAUCAUUAGCGGGAAUGUACAAGCAGCAACUACCAUCGAAGUCCAUUUAACAUGUAAAACUGUGGCCUUCUGUUCGGUGUGGGCAUUUUUUUUAAAUGUUGCUUCAUUACAUGCUCGAGAAUGGUUUAACUUUGUAUUUUUAUACUCCCAAAAGAUCAACAAAACUCAGUUGCUGAACCAAAAUGUGUCUCUCGUAGCUGUCUCAUAUGCCAGCAUGGGAACUGGUUGACUGGGACAUUCUAGAAGCUGAAGAUUCAGUGUAAUGGGAAAUAUUUUGAAAUAUGCAGCAUUUUGUGUAUUAUAACUUUAUAUUAAAAUAACUUUGCAAUAUUUUUAAUGCCGAGAUAUGGCACCUGAGGAAGUUGGACACUAAGAGUUGGUAACGCUUAGACUGAUAUUGUCUAUAUCUUCAGCUAAUCAUUACAAAAAUUUGUGACCAAGUACGGGCUGUUGUACAGGUUGUUCAAAUGCCGAGUUUUUAUUUUACUAUCCCCUAUCUCUGCCCUUACCAUAGAAGCUUAAUGCUUAUAAUUCAAAAUGAUGGAUACAUGAUAUACAGGAUACAACUUGAUAUAAGACUUUUAUAUAUGAAAACUGGGCUAGCAGAUGAAUAGUCAUGUUAUAUUGUAGCAAGAUAGAAGGAAAAACUUUGUUUAAAACAAAAUCCCACUCUCUCAUCUUUGAAAACUCUAAGUAGGUCAUCUCCACUGCCAAGUGAAGCUAUUGCUGGGCUUGUUUGGUUAAUUUUGACACUAUUUUGUCGUUAUUUCUAAGGGAAUAAAACUGAAAUGUCACAAGUGAUGCCAGUGUUUUCUUUAUGCUGCCUUAGUUCCGACAUCCGUCUGCAGUGUUUUUUUAGUGGAAUAUGCCUUUAAGUUGAAGAAGUUUGUACUGCAAUAUGUUGUGCUGCAAUAGUUUGUAUAUAUAAGUAAUUCCUUCCUCAAUGCUGUACAACCAACCUUGGUGCAAGCAGUUUGUAAAUAAACCACAGCUAAAGUAUUUUAA